AUGGCUAUGUAAAAGUUGGUGUUUUUUAUAACAAUCAUAAUGGAGAUUUUAGGAUUUGAUAACCCGGUGUUUGCCCAGUUUGCUUUCUAUUCUACCGUUUUGAUCCUGAAGACGAUAGGACUUGCAUUGCUGAUCAUCCGAAGUCGCAUCAAACGAAAGGUGUUUGCAUUUCCUGAGGAUUGUUCACAAAUUAUUGUAGGAAAACAUCACCUUAAACCAACCUCAGACGAUGCUUAUAUAGAGAGAUUACGAAGGUGUCAUUUAAAUAAUCUGGAAAACGUCUUCCCAUUUGUGACGGUUGGUCUGCUUUACGUUCUGACAGAACCGGAAGCUUCAACAGCUGCUCUUUACUUCCGGAUUUUUCUCUUGUCACGUGUUGUGUACGACAUAGCAUUUAUACGGGCUCUUCCACAACCUUCAAGGACUUUUUCAUAUCUCACCGGAGUUAUUAUCAUAUGUAUUAUGGCUUGGUCAGUCUUACAGAAAGGAACCCUAUAAAAACAUUUUUAUAUAAGUGGUGACUGUUUGAUAUAAGAAAUAUACUGAAUUUGUUAUUUUAAAAAUUAAUUUAUGAAA